UAAUAUACAGAAUAUGAAGAGAAAAUAUCAACAAAUGAAUCCCUGAUAUCAGGUUAACGCCAUAUUAACUUAUUUCAAAUAUUUGGAUUUUGCAGGAUGGCAACAUUACAACAAGGUAUGGCAACACCUCAACAGAUUGAAGAAAGCAUGAAGCCAUUCAGGGAAUUCCUCACACAGUAUAAUAGGAUAACAGAAAAAUGCUUCAAUGACUGUAUUUCAGACUUUACCACCAAAAAUAUUUUAAAUUCUGAGAAUUCUUGUUCAUUAAACUGUUUAGAGAAGACAUUAAAAACCACACAAAGGAUAUCUGAAAGAUUUCAGGAACAUCAAAUGUUAAACGUGGACGAUCCAACUGCGGCUGCCAUGCAAACAAUGGGGAAAUGAUGAAUUUAACAAUAGUAUAGGAUAUUUAAGAUAAAUGAUAAAUUGUUGCAUAGAGAUGAGCUGGUGUGACUUAGUAAAUGAGGCAACACUACAAAAAGAUUGUGGUAAUCUCUCAAACUUGCAUAGAUUGCUUCAUUACACAGUAUAAAAUAUGCUGUGUAAGCAGUUUCAUACAUGGAAUCUGACACAUAAUUUAACAUUAAAUAUAUAUAUACACAUUUGUAUUCAUUUGGAUACAUGAAUGGAAUGUUAUAGAAGAAAGGAUGUUAUAACAUAUUUGUAUCAUGGCUGUGACAGUCAUAGUGUGCUUAUUCUAUUAAAAUGAUUAUAUAAUUAUGUUUAAGUAUGUAGAUUUAAAACAUUUUUCACAGUCUCAAUGGUAAGUAAAUGCAUGGAGACUGCACUAAAAUGUUGCAUUGUGAAACUUUCUCGAACUUGGAAAAACAUAUAAGAAAUAUGAAAUGUAUUUAGAAAUAAGAAAGAUGCAGGGAUUUACAGUGUAGAAUUUUAUACAUGGUUUUUAAACACAUCUAAUAUAAAUCAAUAUGGCAAAAGUUGUUUAAUAUAAAUAUUUAAUAAACAUUAUUUUAGCA